GAUGGCAGCGCCCAUGAAUAACAAACAUAUUUUACUAAAGAAGAUUGCAUUCUUUGCCAUUUCAUGCAGAUUAGCAACUAUGAUUAUUCAGGUGGUUAGCAACAUUCUCCUUCCAGACCAUGAUGCAGAUGCAUUCAAACCUCCGUAUGACAUCAAUGAAGGAAACCUUCUGGACAGCAUCAUACAGUCACUGUUUGGAGGACUGAGAAGAUGGGAUGGGGUUUACUUUCUUCACAUAGCUGAACAUGGCUACACCUACGAGAAUACCUUAGCAUUCUUUCCUCUGUUUCCAACAUUUGUGAGAUUGACGGCGAACUCUGUUUUGCUUCCUUUACAGUUCCUUGUACAAUAUUCAAGUGUGCUUCUUGUAUCAGCAGUAUUAGUGAAUGUGACAGUGUUUGUCAGAACUGCUGAGGUUUUGUUCUCUCUUGGAAGUGAAGUUCUUAAAAAUGAUGCUAUAGCAUACAAAGCUGCUCUGUUAUUCUGUAUUACACCAGCCUCGAUAUUCAUGACAGCUCCAUACUCCGAAUGUCUUUACUCAUUUCUGACAUUCUCAGGAUUACUAGAAUUACAUCAAAAUAGGAAGACAAUGGCAGCUGUGUAUUUUGGAUUGAGUUUUGUAACACGGUCGAAUGGAGCUUUAAACAUGUUUUUCCUCCUUUAUGUGCUUGGUAAAUCAGUCUUAAAGGAAAUCAGAAAUUUGUCCAGAGCAGCCAUGAUGAACUGGCAAGUAAGUUUGGCAAUACCAUGGAUCUUUUUCACCACAACUGUUAUACCAUAUUUGUUCCUUGUUGUUAUUUGUGUGAUUCCAUUCCUGGGCUACCAGCUAUACUGCUUCAAGCUUUAUUGUAUUGGAGCUUACAAGCUGGAUAUUGCUGAGCAUAUUGUGGCAUAUGGGAGAGAAAAUGGUCUGAAAAUUCAAGGAGAUGAACCUUCAUCAUGGUGCCAGGAUAAAUUGCCUUUAGCUUAUAGCUACAUUCAGAGCCACUAUUGGGACCAGGGUUUCCUCCAGUACUGGGAGUGGAAACAGACGCCCAACUUCCUUCUCGCCACCCCCGCCACCCUGCUGGUACUCAGCCUUGCAUGGAAGUUCUGGAAAAACAAUAAGUAUGUUUGUGUUACCCUGGGCCUUGAUGAGGAUGGUGCAGCCAAGAAGGAGGCAGAUCCUGGUCCCCACUUUAGACUGGUGGGCGUGGCCCUGCUACCUCAUGUUGUACAGUCACUGGCACUUACUGUAUUUGCAUGGGCCUGUAUCCACAUACAGGUUCUGACAAGGAUGGUGUUUUCUUCCUGCCCAGUCCUGUACUGGUACAGUGCCCAUCUCAUUUCACCAGGGGAGGCAAUCCAGAAACAGUUCAACAGAUAUGAUAUUACCUCCCCUGAUUGUCCACAAGUGGAAAGAGAUGAAAACUUGCAUGAAACGUGGAGAAAUAAAGUGAUAUCACAAUUGACUGCAUUUCAACAGCAGGAUUUAAAUACUAGAAUUGUAACCACAUACUUUGUAUCAUAUUGUUUAAUUGGUACAGUUGCUUUUUCAAACUUUCUACCAUGGACAUAAAAAAAUUUGUUGAAUUUUCUGAUUUUUUUUUUUCAAUCUUAUGUUUUACAAUAAAUCUAAAAUAAAAAUAAAUUAU